AUGUUUCGAACACUUCGUAAUCAUUGGAAAAAAUCUUUAUUUGCUUUUUGUGCAUUAUCUUAUGGUACUAAAUGGUCGUAUGAUCGUUAUCAAGCAAAUCAAAUUCGUCAAUUUUAUUGUCAACAAGCAUCUUUAUUAGGUUCACAAACUUUUCCAUCUAUGACUCGUAUAACUCGUAUUGCUGUAUUACUUAAUGGUAAAGCAAAUAAUGGUAAAGCAAAAUCAAUUUAUGAUAAAACAAUAUUUCCAUUAUUACAUUUAAUUGGUCUUGAUGUACGUGUUUAUCGUUUGGAUACAAUAACAGAUACAGAUGGUUUACAAGAAUUAUUAACAAAUAAAAUUGAACCAAAUGAAUUAACUGCAUUAAUGAUUGUUGGUGGUGAUGGAACAUUAAGUGAAUUAACACCUUAUUUAUUUCAAUCAAAUAUUUUACAAAAUUUACCUAUUUGUAUUAUACCUAUAGGUGAAUAUGUAUCAUUUGGACGUAGUUUAUUUCCAAUAACAAAUAAAAAAAAACUUCAUGAUGAUAUUGCUUUACUUUGUGAAUCAGUUUUUGCUUUAUAUAAUGGAAAAAUUGUUCGAAAACCUUUAUUAAAAAUUACAAUGUCAAAUCAAAAUGAAAAAUCAAUUUUGAGUCAUUCAUUAAACGUUCUUCAUGAUUCUGAUUACUUCAAAUCUAUUGAAGUUUUAGAACGAAAAUCUAUAAAUAUUAAUUCUCAAAAUUAUUCGACUAGCUAUGCAAGUACAUUUGAUUUCGGUCAUUAUACACGUCUUGAACAACUUCAAAAACGUUUAUGGUACUUCAGUUAUUUAAAAUAUCCUAUAUCAUCAAUAUAUCUUUCUAUAAGAGAUUCAUUAAAUUCAAUAUUAUCAUCUGAACAAUCAUCGAUUAUUUAUUCAAAUCCAUGUUCAGGUUGUUUACGAUGUCAACCAUCAUUAUUAGAACAAUAUCGUUUAUCACAACAAGAAAAAAAAUCAAGUUAUUUUUCUCGUAUUUAUCAAUCAAAUCGUACAAAUAUAAAAUCAAAUAUUUCUCAAAUAAAAGAACCAAUAGAAAAUCCUAAUUGUGGUAUUGAAUAUUGUAUAAAUUUAGAUAAAAAACCAAUACAAUUAUGGGCAAAAUUAAUAAAUGAUGAACAUAGUUUUCAAAUUGAUAUAAGUGAUAAACUUGAACGUUUUAAUUAUGAUAAAGAAAAAUAUCCAAAACAAUCAAUCAAUGUUCAACAUAUUAGAUUUAAUCCAAAUAUAAAUUUAUUUAAUAAAUAUAUGUUAAUUAAUCAUGAAAAAAUUGAUAAAAAAAAAGAUAAAGAAGAAGAAAAACAGAAUGAUUUAAUUGAAUAUCGAAUUGAAUUAAGUGAAAAAACAUUAAAAUUUAUUGAAAUAAAUCAGGAUUUAUUAUUAACAAAACAAUUAACAUUAAAACCAACAUUUAAUAAACUUGAAGAAGAUGCUCUUGAAAAGAAGGGUAUUUUUCUAUUUUCUCGUCGUCAUCAACAGAAACAAUCAUGA